UGUCCAUAUUAAUAAUAAGGAGGGAUAAUUUUCAAAGUUUCGCGGGCGUAUAAGUGCCGCGAGAUAUAUUUGUAUCACGUGAUCGUCAUCGAUCCAAUGGUUGAGCGCGUCUCGGGUCCAUUCAACUCGGUUUCGGGCAGCGCCGGGGAGGGACACUUCACAACACCGAUUCUAUUCAUACAUAGGAAAUAUUUAUAUAUUUCUAUCCCUUUCACUCGUAUUGAGAAAUAAUUAAAUGAAUGGUGAACGAGCGAAAUGGGAAUAUGUUCGAGUGGAAAUUAUUAUGGGCCAGGCCAGGCCAGUCGUCAUGUAGAAUUUUUUGGUGUGGGUGUUUUGUCUCGGUUUGUCAAACGCUUCAAUGAUUAUUAUUUUCAAGUGGACUUAAAAAUUUGUGCAAAUCUCUAUUUAUCAAUCUAAAACGUGGUGUUUGCGUGUAUAAGUGAACAUAUUUCUUUGUGAUUAUGAACAAUAUUUGUGCAGUGAAGGCAGAUAAUAAAUUGGUGGGGGGCUGCUAAAAUACUACGAUAGGAUAGUAACAACGUUUUACAACUGGUGUCGUUCGGGCGCUCAUAAAAUUUCUCAUCUCAGUGUGGACGAGUCGGACAUCCAUUUUGUUUUAUUAUGUGGUUUGGUUGUUUACACUGUGCGUCGUGCUCUCGACAAUGGAAAGCGACGGCGUACGGUGGCAAUGAGUGAUCCGUGGUAGCGGCAGGCGGUGAUGCAGCGGGCCCACGCGGGCGGCGCCUCGCAGCCGCAGCCCUACGCCCCGCGGCCGCACUACCGCUCGCAGUCCCACAUCUACCCGGACAUAGAUGAUCAGAUUCCAGCAUCCGUAAUCAGCAGUGUCGGGACUGUCAGUUUAUCUCAAUCAACGACUAAUCCAACACCGAAUAUAACAAUGGCAAAUCCAACGAAUCUAGGAACUGCGAGCAGUAAUACCCAAGCGCCUGCGCAACAAACGCCCACGCAGGCACCCGUAAGAAAUCUGCCGAAAAAACGUAAAUUUGACCCAUCCGAAUUGGAGGAAAUUGAGCGGAAUUGCAUGAACAGUAUACAGGAAAGAAACUGUAUCAACGUUUCCGUCUCCGCUCCUCUUCCGGUCGAAUACACGCCGCCAACAUACCAACCACCAGUGCUGCAGCCGUCUCCGAUCGUCCAGCGUUCGUCGCCGCACGAUCUGAAACCGUUCAAUAUCCACUACCCCAAUAUUGAUUUGUCGGAAUGGCGGGGUCAUAGAGUGCUGGCCAAGCAGCGCGGACUGUACAUACCAGGGGUGAUACGUCAAGCGGACGGGUGCAAAGUGAUAGUGGAGUUAGAUGGACAGGAAAAUGAACCUAUAGAGUACAGUGAUAUAUUUGGUGUUAACAAGUACGAUGUGAUUAGUGAUGCGAGUCCUCAACUCAGUCAUUUGUUGAUUGAAUCAGCGUGCGUUGUCAGGACUACUGACCCGAGCCGGGAGAGUGUGCAAAAUGUGUUCGUCGAAGGGCUCGUUUUCGAAGUGCUAAAUUCGCCAAUUAGAAUUCGCGUUAAGGUGACAGACGGCGAGAAUAUUUGCAAGGAGAUGGUGGAAGUGAAGCGCGCAGACAUCCGUCUGCUGCAGCCUCCCUGGGCGGACGAGCUGGAGGACGCGGGGUCGCACGCGUCGCCCGCGCUGUUGCCGCAGCACAUGCGCGUGCACCACGUCUCCUCCGUACCCUACAUGGGCGGCGAUCACUUUGUGACAUCAUCUCCGAUGCCCGGAGCUGGUCAAGUGGUGACCGUCGGCGCUCUGUCCAACGGAUCUAGACCGUUCGAUGAUUACGGCGAGAGCGACGACGACCUUCCCAGUGAAAACAUCAUGUUUCCAACGGACGCAUCUCAUAUGGAUUGCAACAACAGCAAACGUAGCAGUCUUCAGAGUCGAGGCAGCACGUCCAGCCUCAUCGAAGGCAGUCUCACACCAAGAUCUCAAGCCCCUACUCCCAGAUCUCAAGCGGCAACACCGCACAAAUACAAGAAAGGUGACGUAGUGUCGACGCCUACCGGUAUAAGGAAGAAGUUCAACGGUAAACAGUGGAGACGACUAUGUUCCAAGGACGGCUGUACCAAAGAGAGCCAGAGGCGCGGCUUCUGUUCGAGGCAUCUCUCGUUAAGAGGAGUCACGAGGUCUUCCAACACGCCUCUGGCACAAGGGUCCGCCCAUACGCCUCAGCAGAGGAGCAGCAGCAAAUCGCUGUCGUCGAGCGGCACGGGCGUGGAGGGGGACGAGACCUCGCGCGAGUCGGACACCACGCCGCCCAACUACCGCGUCACGGGCCGCUUCGACCCCGACGAGACCGAGGCCGCCAACAUGCUGGUGUCGCUGGGCAGCUCCCGGUCCGGCAGCCCCGGCGCGUCCCCGGUGGGCGGCUCGCCGGUGCUGCGCGGGAACGUGUUCGUGCCCAUCUCGUCGCCGCAGCCGCCGCACGCGCCCGUCUACCACCACCAUCUCAUCAGACCCGAGUUAGUACGACCGGGUAGAGUCAGCUCACCAGUGGGCGGAGUCGCCACUAGCGUUAUAAGAGUAUCUCCAGCGCCUACCUAUCAUUAUCAGGUUGACAAUCGGAACGGUCCAUCCAGCCUUCAAUCAAGUCAAUCCAACGUCAUUGGACUCCAAUCCUCAAGUCUCAAUAUACAAAGCAAUAUCCAAUCGAACAUGAACACGGCUACAACAAUGCAAUCGUCACUAAACUUGCCCUCAAGCAUUUCCAUAAUAAACAACAUGAAUAACCAAGGCCUACAAACGAGUAUCGCUAAUUCGAUCCGUAGUUCCAAAGCCGAUGAAGUGCCCCAUAAUUUGGUCGUACACCGCAUUCCGCCAAACGGUAACGACCUGGAUCACAUCUAUAGAAGUCAACCAUUACGCAGGAAUGGAAUACAGGAACAGUACAGACGAGAAACGGAAGUUUCGCCGCCAUUGAAUAAUCAUGAAAAUUUUGGCAAUAGAAGGGUCUCGGAGUAUGAGGAUGAGGACCAUUCGGUACCUCAGACUGACCACAUGAGUCGCGGCAACAUCGACCCGCGACCUUUAGAGCUCUCCGAGGCUCGCUUAAUAGAAGACAACAAAAGGAUUUUGAAACCCGCUCCUUUGCAAGCUCGAUUGGUUUCGUUGGUUGACACGGAUAUGAAGGAAGCUGUGAAACGGUUCUACGUUAUACCGCAGAAUACGUUGGAGAAGAAAAUCGUUUUGAUAAAAAACGAACCGUCUGAUGCUGUUCAAUUAGAGCAUAAACAGCAUCAGAUGACGCACCAGAUAAAUAAUAAUAAUAAUGAAUCGGAAUCUGAACAUCGUAUAAUGGACAAUGGUGACCAUAUAAAUAACAUUAACAACAGCGCAGUGAUAGUUCAUCCUAAUCAAUUGCUACCUGUGCUGCCUCCGCCGACUUCGCACACUAUAAUAGUGUCGACGAGCGGCGGCCCCAACGCGGUGUUCCCGUGGCAGUCGCUGGUGCCGCUGCUGCGCGCCGCGUCCCCGCCCGGCGCCGCGCCGCCCGCGCCGCCCUCCCCGCGCACGCCGCGCACGCCGCACACGCCGCACACCCCCCACACCCCCCACACGCCCCACACGCCGCACAUCAAGACCGAGGAGCAGAUCAAGACUGAGGGCACCGAUGGAGUUACAUCGAUGUGCACGGACGAAGAUGACGAGGUGUUCGAAUGUGAGGAUAGCAGCACAGGGGACGGUAACAAUCGACGGUCGCAGAGCCUCUCAUCAUUGAACCAGCCUUUCACGGGACAGGAGAAAAAGGAACGUCGCAUUAGACGUCCAAUGAACGCGUUCAUGAUAUUCUCGAAGCGUCACCGGCAGAUGGUCCACCAGCUACAUCCGAACCAAGACAACCGUACUGUCAGCAAAAUUUUGGGGGAGUGGUGGUAUUCGCUCAAACCUGAACAGAAACAGAAGUACAACGAGCUAGCCAGUGAGGUUAAGGAAGCACAUUUCAAGGCUCACCCGGAAUGGAAAUGGUGUAAUAAAGAUCGGCGUAAGUCGUCCAGUAGUCGAGAUCCAACAGGAUCUAUGCCACAGAGUCCUCGAACUCCCUCCGAGGGACCGAAUCCCGGCGUUCCUAGUAGUGGAACAGAAAUGUCUAUCAACGCUCAACCUUACAAUCACGUGGGAUCGCCGCAGCUCAGCGACGAUGAACCGAUGCAGAUUAGUCAAGCAAUUGAAGAGCCCCCGGUACCGCCGCAGAGCAUCGAGAUAGACCUAAAGUGCGGCGAGAAAGUAACAGAUUCAGACUCGGAAGGCAUCGAUACGCGGGACUACUUGCCUCAUCACGACCACACAAGGCGACCUAAAGCUAUCAAAGCGAGAGCUGGGUCAUCUGAUAACCUGUUGGGUGGUAUAACUGCUUCGAGUCCGGGUGGUUCUAAAGUCUUUCAACCUACUGGUGGUGCCUUCAAAUCUACGCACGCAGACACAGGUGAAAGCCAUAGACAAUGGACGGCAUUUACGUCAAUAAACAAACCUAUGAGCACCCCGACGUCAAGUCCGCACCAGUCGCUCACCAACACGCAGAGCCUCACUAGCAGCGUGCAGGGCAUCUCGCUGAGCGCGCCCAACCUCACCACGCAGGCGGCGCUAGACAAUGCCAUCGCCUCCAUCAUCAGCCCCACGCCGGCUGCCGGCGUGCAGGUCAUCUCCAGCGGGAUCGCCAUGCCGCAGGUGCAGCAGCAGCCGACUACCACGUCGUCCUUGUUGAAGAGCGUGACGCUGGUGAAGAGGAACAUUGGGGAUACUGCUACAGGUCCUAUAACUCUUUCCUUGGACGCGUCAGGUAACCUGGUGAUAAAGGCGAGCCAGGCGAACGACAACCCUGCUAACGACGCUUCUCUCCAUUAUGUCCAGCUGCAAAGACUUUACGUUCCUUUUAGCGCCGAGACAGAUGUUAACAAGAAUCAGAAUCAAAACCAAAACCAAGGUCAGAACAUACAAAGCGGUCAAUCGGUGAUCGUGUCUCAGAGUAACACCAGCACUGUGCCUAAGCCUAGUCCACAAUGGGAGGCCCCGAUAGAAGAGACUCGUCCAUUCCCCCUCGCUCCCACACCCGCGCAACUCGGUCGAGCGCCUUUGCAGAAGAGAUUGAGUCGAGGUACCUCGACGGGCUCUACCGGCAGUAACGAGCCGGUCGUGCCUCGCUCGGAGAGCGGGCCAACCACUCCGCACGAGAACACCGAAGCUCUCCAUUCGCCAAAGAAAAUGGAGAACUUACCCAGUCCUUCGCUGAAAAAGAGUCUCUUCAAAAAGGGCAACGAGGACGGAAGGGACAAGGUGCUGGAGACGGUGAACUUCGAGCAGAAGUUCAGCACGUUGCCGAAGUUCAAGCCGGAGGCGUGCAGCCCCGGCGCCAUGGUGGUCCCGCGUAGCCCGCAGCUCUACCUGCGCAAGAAGCAGCACAAAAUGCCCAUGGACGAAGAACCAACAGUAGUAACGCCACAGCUCGAAGCUGAAGUUAUAAACGGAAAUGGAAUGCCAACACCACACUCGUACGGGACGCCGCACACCACCACCAAGCUCGUGGGCAACACGUUCUUCGGACCCGAUUUUAAUAUUGAUACUUUUAGAGCGAGCGAGAGCGCCGAGGACAUGUCGCCGCGCACGCCGUGCUCGGUGGGCGGCGCGGGCGGCGCGGGCGCGCGGGGGGAGGCGGGCCACCGCCGCGUGCUCGAGCAGCGCCGCCAUCUCGUCAUGAAGCUGUUCCACGACCACGGCAUGUUCCCCACCACGCAGGCCACCACGCACUUUCAGGCGGCCCACACUGAUAUAUUCCCGACGAAGAUGUCGUUGCAGCUGAAAAUUCGCGAAGUGCGCCAGAAGUUAAUGGCUCAGUCCAACCUCACGCCGCAUUCGGAGGUCAACACGCCUACUAAUGUGAACUCGCCCAUCGUGUCAGCGGCCUUGCAGCCAACAUCAACGGCCAGUUAGCGAUGCGGAUACACAAUCUCCAUUGUGGUACGAGAGUAGACAACGCACGGACAUACAUAAAAGUGACAAUUAUUAAUGUUACGUAAUGAACUUAAUAAUACUAUGAUAUAUGAUUCGAAUAUUGUUUUCCAACGAAACAAAAUUAAGUUCACAUCAUGACACAAGGUCACAUAUUGAUAUUUUGACCGCAAUAACAUAUACAAUAAAACUUAGUAAUGAAUAUUGGCAAUCAGAAUUCUAUAUUCUAUGGAUGUUUUGUAUUUUCACACCUAUACUGCCAAUUGUUGUUGUCUACUCAAUAAAUACGCAAUGUUGUAAAAUGUACGAAUUCUAAACGUCUAAAGUACCUAAGUUGAUAUCGUUAUUGUUAUUAUGUGAUGGAGAUUGUUAGAAAUGCCUCGUUGCAUUUAUAAAUAACGUGUUCGAUAAUACGACAAAUCGGUUAUAAUAUUAACGAAAAAUAAUAUUUUAAGGAUAUAAAAACGAGAAAAAAAAAACAAAUAAAAAUUGUUUCGACUGUGGACGAAUGCAUGGGUGCGAGUUAGUCGAGUAUGACUUUUAAAAAUAUGCACUUACGUAUCUUCUAAUUACAGACACAUUUUUUUAAGUAUCAUUGUUAUACUCUGAACUUAUUAAUGCUUCAGAAAUGUCAUUUUGUAGAUCUUAGAAUAAUCAAUAGACUUUUUUUUUAAUUGAGUAUAAUAAUCAGGAGAAAAAUAAAAAUAGUGUUUUAAUCAGGUCCUGAAAAUUAGGUCUUUAUCAAUGACAAUAUAAGGCAUAUAGAUUUAAUUUUUUAAAUUAUGAUUCAUCCAACUUUGAAAGGAAUAGUAGUGUGUCAAUAUCAGCAUUUUUAUCAUGUAUUUGUUUAUUGUCAUAAUUUUAUAAUCGUAGAAAAUUAUUCUUAAUUCGAUUGUAUCGAAUGUUAUGCGUUUUUUUAUAAAUUAUCCGAUAACACAAUGUUUUAAAACUGUAUUCAAUUUUAACAACUGUUUUAUAUUCACAAAAACAAAUAUAUAUAUAGAGUUGAACAUGUAUACAUAUGUAUGGUACAUAUAGUUGAUUUCAAAUUCGAAAAAUGUCCAAAAUACAGAUAUUAAUAAAAUGAAGUAGUACUCGUAUAAAUCGUAAAAAUUAGUAAAUCAUUGUUACUUCAGUAUAGCUAGCACAUUACUCAUAUGAGCACGAUCUCAAUACAUUUAAAUGUAUGUAAUUUUAUAGUUUACUGUUUAGUAUUUAUGGGUAUGAACGUUUCUAAAAGUAUGAAAUUUUUUAUUUCAAUAAAUCUCGGAUUUUUUUGUUUUUGAUUUAACAGAAUAUAUUGUUUGAAAAAAAAAAAUAUAAACUUCUGUAGAUGAAUCAAGCUUAAAUAUUUGCAUUUACAGUUUGAUAUUGUUAUAUUUUUAAGACGGGGAUUGCAAUAACUUAUUGUAAAGCAAUACAAUGUCGAGAUUUGAAAUGAAAAUCACGGGGGUGAAAUAAUUUUUUUUUGGUGCGAACAUAUUAAUUAUUCUUAAGUGAUUAAAUUGUAUCGUUUUCUAUUUAUGUUGUGAUGUUGGUCUUCCAUGUGUUUUAAAUUUUUUGUUUUUCAUUUUAUAAAAGGAUAUCUACUUAUUUAAAUAUGUACACUGUACAGUGAUUUAAGUUAAGUGAACGAGUGGUUUGUUUUUUAAUUUUGGAUGCCAUGUUUGUUCGGUUAACGUAACACAACCGUAGAAGGAUAUACGUUGUAGUAGUUUGUUAGUAAAUUCAAUGCCUUAAAACGUCUUUCUAACUGUUGUGUAGUAACCUUCGUAUUUUGAAAAUAUCGAUCGAUGUGGUCUACAUGAAUCAGCUCAAAUCAUUAACAACACUAGAUAAAUGAAUCAAUAUUUAUACAUUAAAAAUCUCAAUGUAAAUAGUAGAGUUAUUUCAAUUUAGAUGUAAGAAUUCCUGGCUCUCAAAGUAAUUAGAGUUUUUAUUUAGAAAAUGCUAAGUAAUUAUUUUAGACGAAAAAAAUAAUGUAAUUUAUUCUUGAAAAAUUUUCGGCCAACGCAAAUGUUUAUAUAUCAAAAUUUAUAUUUUUUAAAAUGAUCUCUUUGGAUGUAUCGUGUUAGGUAAUUGCUUUAGGAGUCCGGAAGUAAAGAGAAUUUAUUAAAAAAAUUAUAAUGUAAGAGAUAUUUUCGCACUGUUAACACUAUCUUCGAUAGCGUAGUUUGGUAUUAAUGAAACGAUCGUGUCAUGAAUGAUUCAGAUUUGAAUUUUAUAGUCUGAUUUUUAACGUUAAAACUCAUGUCAUCAGUGUAGCAAAUUGGUCGUUGUUGUCACUUAAUACAUAAAUCAAUACCGUUGUUACCAGUUAGACAUUACAAAUGCACUAUAAGAACUACCGUACAUUGUAGACGAAACUAACACUUCAGUUAUUUAAAUAAAAAUUAGCGUGUACGUUUAUAUUGUUUCUCGUAGAUAAAGCGAUCCGUUGACCGACCUUACGAUCGAACUUAAUAUUGUACAUCGAACGAAUUUCGUAGUGAGAGCAAAACCGAUAUAAAUUUCAUAAUAAUAAGUUUGCUAAAAUGUUGUGUUGCAAGCUCACAAUAAUAAUACUUUUGUGAAUUGUUUUAUCUAUCUGUUAUCACAAUUUUGAACAUUUGGAUAAACAAUUUUAUUGUUUAUAUAAUAUAAUCGAUACACCUUACUCAGUUAUGGCGAAAUGAAACAAAACCGAAUAUAUUACAACGUGGCUAUUUUAGCCGAUUUUUAUUACAAAAAAAAAAAAUAUCUGCCGUUGUUUUUCUACUAAGUUAAAUCACUUGCAAACAAGAUAAAAAAAAAGUUAACUGAAAAAAAACCUAAAUAUAUUAUUAUUUAAAAACGCAUUUUGAAAUAUGUUCUUUCAAUUUAUUAGGGACUUGGUACAUUUUUCCAUAACUGAUUAAAUUGUAACUUCCAUAACAUUUUUUUUUUAAUUCCUAUUUUCAUGUCUAUGUAGGUAAUAUUAAAUUGUAACAAUAAUAAAACCUAUUUUUUUUAUAUUCAGAGCCAUUUUAACCUUUGUAGAUAAUAAUUUGUGUUUUAAUUCAUUUUAAGAAAACUACACAUACAUAAAUACAUAUUUUAGCUCAAAUAAAUUAUAUAACAAGAUUUUAUCAUACAAUAUAUAUAACAGCCAACAAAAUAAUGUCCUAUUAUUUUUUAUACAUAUUUACUUAGUUUUUGUUGCAAUAUUUCACAAUAUAAUAUAACAUAUUAAAAUGUUCAUUUCGCUUUUGAUCGUUUGUAGAUAUGUUUCAAUUUGCUUUAAUUUUGUCCAUAUUUUUAAGUUAUCCUUCAAUGGAAUGUUCUAGCAUUGAUGAUGUUGAAUGAAUGACAGUCAGUGUGUUAGAGUAAUAACAAAUAUGAAAACCUUAAUGCUGCAUAUUACUUGUGCCUUAUUGACUCUCAGGACUUAGUGUGAAUCUAAUGAAUUUACUCUCCAUAGUAACACUCAUUUUGAAUACCCUGGCCUUGUUAGUCAAUAAACAUAUUGUAAUAGGCAUAUUUUAGACUGAAUUAACUUUGUUGCAUAUAACGACUUAUAAUGUUAUAUCUUUUAAGAAUAUUAGCAAUUAUUUCAAAAGGACAUUUUAAAUGAAGCAUUUCAUAUUCGUUAUUUAUUUCUUUUAAAUAAGGCAUUAGUCUAAUUGUUUAGUCAAAAUGGCAUACGUGUAAAUAAUCUUGUUUAGACGUUUUAUUUAGAUUUAAGUGUUCAAUUUUAAUGUAUACUAGAUUGAAUUAGACAAAAUGACCUUAAGAGAAAUAACUGAAGUAGUAAUCACUUGACAUAAGAAGUUUUUUUAAAUGUUUAUGAAUCCAACUAAAGGACCAAUAAAUAGCAAUUUAGUUAUUGUAAUCAAAACUAAAAUUGUCAAAAUUAAUUGUGUGCAGGUAGAUAAACAAACUCAUAACAAUGUGGACAGAUUGUUCAAGCAUAUUGGAUCAUUGUACGAACUUAUGUUAAAACAUAAAAACCACGGAAACA